CUCUUUGCUUCCUCAUCAAGUAGCCAAAGCACACCACAGCAAGAGUGUCUGCCCUGGAGCAAAGGAGGACCCUCCUAGGCCACUCUUGCAAGCAAGCGGGGGCGGGCCCGGCCUGCCUGGGGCGGUGCCACAAGGGUUGAGCCUAUAAGGAGCUGUCCGCCACCGUGGUGCUGAAUGCAGCCUAGCGCCGGAACGAGGUGCUAUUUGGGUAUUGGCGGAGCUGAGCGCCAAGAGCUGCCCUCGAGUUUGGAUUUGAGCCUUUAAGAACGGUAAUCCGGAGGAAGACGAGGCAGGCGAGAAAGGAAUGCACGGAAAGGGUCAGUUUCAGGAACUGUAAACCUCGAUCGCAGUUCGCAUCUCCGAGGAAGCCCUGCUACUCGUUCGGUGGAGUUUCUAAGAAGCAGGAUGGAGUGAGGAGAAGAGGGUCUGUUCAAGAGGGGUGGCUGGGAAGGGUCAGGCAGUGCGGAGGAGAAAAAAAACACGGAGAGAAAAAUAAAGAAAAAGAUAGAAAAGGCAAGGCUGGUGCCUGCGAAUUUUGGAUUUAACUGGAAAAGAUCGCACACUUGGGAAAAAUGGAUCCUGUACCAAGACUAAACAGCGUUUUGACUCUGGUGCUCUCUGGCUUGUGGCAUUUAGGAUUGACAGCUACUAAUUACAACUGUGAUGACCCAUUGGCCUCCUUCCUUUCACCGAUGGCUUUCUCCAGCUCCUCAGAUCUUACUGGAAGUUCCAGCCCAGCUCAGCUCAACUGGAGAAUGGGAACUGGUGGUUGGUCCCCAACAGAUUCCAAUGACCAACAGUGGCUCCAGGUGGACCUGGCAAACAGAGUGGAGAUUACAGCGGUGGCCACGCAGGGAAGAUAUGGGAGCUCUGACUGGGUGACAAGCUAUCGCCUGAUGUUCAGCGACACAGGGCACAACUGGCAACAGUACAAGCAAGAAGACACCAUCUGGACAUUUGCAGGAAACAUGAACGCUGACAGUGUGGUUCACCACAAGCUGCUGCACUCUGUGAGAGCCCGCUUUGUUCGCUUUGUGCCCCUGGAGUGGAGUCCAAAUGGAAAGAUUGGCAUGAGAGUGGAGGUCUAUGGAUGCUCCUACAAAUCAGAUGUUGCUGACUUUGAUGGCCGAAGCUCGCUUUUGUACAGGUUCAAUCAGAAGACGAUGAGCACUCUCAAAGAUGUGAUCUCCCUGAAGUUCAAAAGCAUGCAAGGAGAUGGAGUUCUGUUCCAUGGAGAAGGACAACGCGGAGACCACAUUACCUUGGAGCUCCAGGAGGGCAAGCUAGCCCUAUACCUGAACCUGGAUGAAAGCAAAGGCUGGCUCAGCAGCACUGAGCCCUCAGCCAUGCUGGGUAGCCUUCUGGAUGACCAGCACUGGCACUCGGUUCUCCUGGAGCGUGUGGGCAAGCAGGCAAACUUCACUGUGGACAUGAACACACUGCACUUCCGGACCAAGGGUGAGACCGAUGCCCUGGACCUUGAUUAUGAGCUCAGUUUUGGAGGAAUUCCAGUACCAGGCAAACCCGGGACCUUUUUAAAGAAAAACUUCCAUGGCUGUAUUGAAAACCUUUACUACAAUGGAGUGAACAUAAUUGACUUGGCUAAAAGACGAAAACAUCAGAUCUACUCUGUGGGCAAUGUCACUUUUUCCUGCUCAGAACCACAAAUUGUCCCCAUCACAUUUGUCAACUCCAGGAGCAGUUAUCUGCUGCUGCCUGGCACCCCCCAAAUGGAUGGGUUGUCAGUGAGUUUCCAGUUCCGAACGUGGAAUGAGGAUGGUCUGCUUCUGUCCACAGAGCUGUCUGAAGGCUCAGGGACCCUGUUGCUCAUCCUUAAGGGUGGGACUCUGAGGCUCCUGAGUAAGAAAAUGACAGGACAUGGAACUGAAAUCCUAACAGGCAGUGACUUGAAUGAUGGCCUGUGGCAUUCUGUCAAUAUCAAUGCCAGGAGAAACCGCAUUACUCUCACACUGGAUAACGAUGCUGCUUCCUUGGCUCUGGACACCUUCGGGUUGCAGAUUUAUUCUGGAAAUAGUUACUACUUUGGAGGGUGCCCUGACAAUCUCACCGAUUCCCAAUGCUUAAAUCCCAUUAAGGCUUUCCAAGGCUGCAUGAGGCUCAUCUUUAUUGAUAACCAGCCCAAGGACCUCAUUUCAGUUCAGCAAGGUUCCCUGGGGAAUUUUAGUGAUUUACACAUUGAUCUGUGUAGCAUCAAAGACAGGUGUUUACCCAACCACUGUGAACAUGAAGGACGCUGCACUCAAUCCUGGACUACCUUCUACUGCAACUGCAGUGACACUGGUUACACGGGAGCCACCUGUCAUGACUCCAUCUAUGAACAAUCCUGUGAGUUAUACAGACACCAAGGGAACACAGCUGGGUUCUUCUAUGUCGACUCUGAUGGCAGCGGGCCACUGGGACCACUCCAAGUCUACUGCAAUGUCACUGAAGACAAGAUUUGGACGACAGUUCAACACAACAACACAGAGCUGACUCGGGUACAGGGUUCCAACCCUGAGAAGCCCUAUGUCAUGACUUUACACUAUGGUGGCACUAUGGAGCAGCUGGAGGCUCUGAUUGAUGGCUCAGAGCACUGUGAACAGGAAGUGGCAUACCACUGCAGGAGAUCUCGCCUGCUUAACACACCAGAUGGAGCCCCAUUCACCUGGUGGGUUGGGAGGUCCAGUGAAAGGCACCCUUACUGGGGAGGUUCUGUUCCUGGAGUCCAGCAGUGCGGAUGUGGCCUAGAGGAGAGCUGCCUGGACAUCCGACACUUUUGCAACUGUGACGCUGACACAGAUGAAUGGACAAAUGAUACCGGUGUUCUUUCCUUCAAAGAUCACUUGCCUGUAACUCAGAUAAUUAUCACUGAUAUCAACAGAUCAAACUCUGAAGCCGCUUGGAGAAUUGGCCCUUUGCGUUGCUAUGGUGACCGACACUUCUGGAAUGCUGUCUCGUUUUCUACGGAAGCUUCUUACCUCCACUUUCCGACCUUCCACAUGGAAUUCAGCGCUGACAUUUCAUUUUUCUUCAAAACCACUGCUUUGGCUGGAGUUUUCCUAGAAAACCUUGGCAUUAAACACUUUAUCCGACUUGAAAUGAGCUCUCCUUCUGAGGUGACAUUUGCCAUUGAUGUUGGGAAUGGCCCCGUUGAGCUCCUAAUCCAGUCUCCUUCUCCUCUGAAUGACAACCAAUGGCAUUACAUCCUGGCUGAGAGAAACUUUAAGGAGACCUCACUGCAGGUGGACAACCUUCCACGGAAUAUGAGGGAAACUGCAGAGGAAGGCCAUUUCCGACUUCAGCUAAAUAGCCAGUUGUUUGUAGGAGGGACAUCAUCAAGACAGAAAGGCUUUCUUGGAUGCAUCCGUUCUUUACGUUUGAAUGGACAGAAAAUAGAUCUGGAGGAGAGAGCAAAGGUCACGCCUGGAGUCAGACCUGGCUGUCCAGGUCACUGCAGCAGCUAUGGAAGCAACUGCCACCAUGGGGGCAAGUGUGUAGAGAAACACAGCGGCUACUCUUGUGACUGUACCAACUCACCAUAUGAGGGACCUUUCUGCCAGAAAGAGAUUUCAGCUCUUUUUGAUUCUGGCACCUCUGUUACAUACAUGUUUCAAGAACCACACCCGGUGACCAAGAACACGAGCCUCUCAUCUUCAGCUACCUACACAGAUAGAGCUCCAUCCAAAGAAACCAUUACAUUGAGCUUCGUAACAGCACAGGCCCCCAGCCUCUUGCUCUUCCUCAAUUUCUCUUCUCAGAAUUUCCUGGCUAUCCUGCUCUCCAAGAAUGGAAGUUUACAAGUUCUCUAUGGACUAAACAAGGAAGAAAACCAUGUAUUCACCAUCAGCACAGAGAAUUUGGCCAACAGAAGGGUUCAUCAGGUGAAGAUUAGCCGAGAGGGGCCAGAACUUUCCAUUCAGAUGGACCAGCAACUCUUCAGCUAUAACAUCUCCCCAGAAGCCAAGAUCCUGAUCCUGAGGUCACUCAUCCUAGGCAGAGUCACAGAGACUCUUGGGUUGGAUCCAGAAGUUGCUAGAGCAAACACCUUUGGUUUUGUUGGAUGCCUUUCUUCAGUCCAAUACAACCACAUAGCACCACUGAAGGCAGCUCUCCGCCAUGCCAGCAUUGCACCUGUGACUAUCCAAGGGACCUUGACAGAAUCCAGCUGUGGCUCCUUGAUGGACACUGAUGUGAAUGCAGUGACCACUGUACAUUCUUCAUCAGAUCCCUUUGGGAAGACAGACGAGCAUGAACCACUCACAAAUGCAGUCCAAAGUGAAUCCGCAGUCAUUGGAGGCAUCAUAGCAGUGGUGACAUUUAUCAUUUUUUGUGUCAUCGGAAUCAUGACCCGCUUCCUCUAUCAGCAUAAGCAGUCACACCUUACCAAUCAGAUGAAGGAGAAGGAAUACCCAGAGAACUUGGGCAGUUCCUUCAGAAAUGAAAUUGACUUGCAAAACAGAGACAGUGAGUGCAACCAGGAUUUCUUCAUUUGAACCACCAGAGUGUCACCUGGUACUCUCCAGAGUGGCAUUUACCCACUAUUUUUCUCUUCUCUUUUCUUUUAAUUUUGUCAUUCUCUUUCUCUUGUUUGCCAUUAAUUUUCUGGAACACACAUACAUCCACUGAGAGCACUGAUUUCCUUGACCCAGCUCAGGAGAUCAGACAGCUGUGGCUACUGUGGUUCACUGACAUAUGUGUCACUGUGACAAUCAGCACUGGAGAUACAGUCUUUACUGUUGUAAACAAGGAAGAGCUGUGUGCACACAUGCACAUCCCAUGUUUGUAGUCCAGUUUCUAAAUGUCACUGCUUAGUUUCUCAGGCGCUUGGUCUUGUCUGCUUCCAUCAGACUAGAGCUCUGUGGUAUCUAUGUUUAACAAUUGUACCUUCCCAGCACCAUGUUGUUGGAUGUUAUAGCUUGAGGGGAGAAGAAGGUAUGUGUAUGUGACAAAGACAGUCAGUCAUCCUUUAAGUGAUGAGUUUAUCCUGGAGCCUAAUAGAGCAGGCAGGUAUGAGGGAAAGUAAAUCUACCCAGAGAAAACAACAUUGGUUCUUUUAGGUCUCCUGUGAGAAAGGAGGGAGGUUAGGAGACAUUAUGCCACACACACACACAAAAAAAAAGCAAAGGUGACAGACUGUGUGUGUGUGUGUGUGUGUGUGUGUUUGUAAAGCAAAUAUUGGAAAACUAUCCAAAACAUUCUUUCCUAAGGCACAGCUGAAAGAGUAAUGUGCCUAGCUAGUGUGUGACCUCUGACAAGGCAGCAUUGGUCCUGCCUGUAGCCUUUCUUCAAUUAGGGCUUAAAUAGAUAGAAGACUCUGGCUCCAUGAGGGGGUGGGAAGCUUGGCUCCCUUGACAGCUGAGUUGAGAGAGGCUGCGGUUCUGCCUGAGAUGGCAGCCUUUAAUGCAUCUGUGAUAACAAAGAGGAGGGCCUAGGUUAUAACACCAAGCUGGGGGAUCCAAGGCCAAAGGAGACUCUUGGGCCCUAUGUGUUUAAGGGGCAAUGUCCAAACAACUAGAGAUGUUUAUUUAUGUUAGUUUAAUGUCCACGCCAUAAGUAGCCUCCUGACUUUAGUCAUCAUCCUUUUUGUAGAGUCUCAGUACUAGAGUAAUUGAUAAGUGAGCAGUUACUUUGCUCUUUUGUCAUUCUUUUUUGAGGCAUAAAUAUAGUGCCCUGAAACCAAGAGGCUUCAAGAAAGGUGUGAGGAAGUAGCUGCUCCUACAACUUUACAACUGCCUUUUCUAAUUUACUAAACUAGAACAUGUUAGCUCUGAUAUUCCCAUGGUUGCUAUACUGAAGCACAGAAGUAUACACAUGUGUGUAUUGUGACUGUGUAAACAGAAUUCAAAUAAAAGUCUAAAUUGGGUCCAUGAAAAGUCUGAGGCCAUCUUAACUCAACUUGCAGGAAAACUGGAAGAAAAAAGAAAAUACCUGCAUCAAAAAAUGAGAAGUAUCAAGUUUAUGUAUCCCUAUCCAUCCAUUCCAGAAAAAUCCAGUAAGGAAAGAAUAUGCAGGUUAGUAGGAUUCACAUUCUAAAACACAUGCAAUGAGUUCACUCUAGCAACUGAGCUGUCUCCCAAGAGACAAGGGACCAGCUGUUGAGUGUGGUCACCUCUAGCUCAGAGGAUUUCAGAGGAGCCCUUAGUUUAUGAACUACAUCACAUUUUCCAGUCUGUACCUUCCCCAAUGUACACAAAGCUGCCUCAUACACUUGAUUUAUAUGUCUAAAUAAGGUAGUAAAGCAUCUCAGGCUUUGUCUUCUGUUGGGAGCAGAGCAUACAAUUCAUUCAAAGAGGCAUCUUGAAUUUGUUGAUGGUGGGUAUUGUUAGUCAUUUUAUAGUAACAAAUUUCUUAACUCUACUCUUGGACCCCUGUGAAGAAAAGACAAGGGAGAAAUCAACCAAACACUUCAGGCCUUAGAAAAUGCUAGAACUAAGACCCAUUUAAGAAAGAAGUACUAGCCAAUUUCCUUUGCAUGGCAGACAUGAUUUGCCAAGAAGGCACUUGACAGUCAGUAGGCUAUUCAUCUUCUUAUUAAGUAUCCUACCUCUGACUGUCCAGCACUGCCCUGGACAAGAAGGUUCAUAGUGAAUCUCUCACUGGCUUCAUCCAGUUUCCAACUUGGAGCUUUUUGUCCCUUGCAAAGCUACAGAGAAAAGGAUUGAGUGUGGCACAGUUCACAACUAUGAGUUUUUGUCCUAAAUAUGUUUUUUCUUAAUAUAUUCUAUGAAUUCUUACCUAUCCUCUCCCUCUUUUAAAAUGUUGUUAUCCUUUUGUUAGUGAAUUUAAAGCAAUUCUAUCAAAGAUGCUGCUUUAAUUUUCUAUCUUUAAUAAGAGAAAUUAUAAUCUAAUAAAAUAAGAGUUAUUGAGAGUCUAUUUUCCCCUGCUCUGACUUCACUGUUCUCCAGUUUCUACUUUUGAAUUUUCUGACUCUAAAAAGGCUGUAUAAAUCACCCUUUGGCUUGGAUGCAUAUUCCUUUGACAUCAGAAAUGAUGUUUAACCCUAAGCACCACUAGUAAUGAAAUGACAGGUAAAGGAAGAAUAAUCACACUGGGAUAUUUUGUUACUGGAAUCCACAGAAGCUACUACUGUAUUAUGUGUCAUGAUGUUGAUAGAAAGGGAGUUAGAAGCCUACUGACUCUACGCUGUUUCCUCAUCCAGUAAUACACACUUACUGAUAGUCAUGUAGGGAAAUGUGUGAAGCCAGUCUCUGCUGUCUACAUAGCAACAUGCUAUAGGCUUCAUCCCUGGAUAUUCAGGAUGUUCAGUCUAGGACACUGGGCAUGUAGACAAAAUGGUGGGUGCAUGCCAAGGUGGUGCACUAUUGCAAGUAGUCUUAGGACUAAAUCAGAAUUUCCUCACAAACCCCACUAUACAACAGGUAAAAAGCUAGUAAUCUACAUCCUCCUAAACUGAUUUCCAACACAGCUAGAUACAGGAGCCAGUGUUAGGGGUUUCAUGGUGCCACCAGUUAUUUAAUACUCAGGUAUUUACACCUGCUGUUUACAUAAAGAAUUUGUGGAAUAUGGUCCCUUUACAGUAACACAAAAAAGAAUCUGUGAAAUAUCUCAUGCUAAGGGACUAUUACACAGAUAUUUCUACAAAGAAAAAAUCUAUUAAUCCAAGCAAAUGUAUGUUUCCUUACCCUGUAAGACUUUUAGCACCAGCUGUAUAAUUCUACCCAUAUAUAGGGUAGGUUGCUGUGGUUUCUCUAAAUUUAAGCUAGUAAAACUGAUAUUUUGUUUUGUUUUGUUUUCUGGCUGUCUCUUUCAGAAAUAGAUUAGCUUGUGUUCAUUUGAAAAGGUCUAGAGCUGAUAGUUUACAGAUUUCCUCCCUUUAGUGACAUCAUAUUAAUUCUGAACCUUUGUCAGAAUCACAACUACCACAUCAUAGCAGAAGCAGGACCAGGGUUAAAUAAGUAUGUGGUUCUCAUACUUGUAUUUAGUCAUAAGACUAAAUGAAAUGUCCAUGACUCCAGAAUACUGUUGGAAUUGGUUAUCCAAAUAUUUAUUGUCCUUGUGGACUUUAAAUUGCAACCAUAUCAGCAGAUCUUACAACAACAGAAGUGUACACACAGCACAAGUAGCAGAGAGCAAGGACUGUACACAGUUAAUUUGCAUAGACAUCUAGAAGCCAACAAAUUUGUGGCUAAUUCUUAAAAUUUUCAGUCUUAUUUAUUUAUUCUACCAGAGAUGAUUGCUUUGUUUCCCAUGCAGAAAAAAUUCUGUAGAAGGUGGUAAAUGUAUGCUUUGGACAAAGAAAGAACAAUGGUCCUUAUAUUAACCACAAUUUCUGUAGACAGCAUUCAGUAGAUAGCCCUGGCUAGUCUGGGGCUCUAUUAUAAACAAGGCUGGCCUCAAACUCAGAGAGAACCAUCUCACUUUGCCAAGGUGUGGAGCAUUGUCUCUGCCUAUAUCAGAUACAUUUGAAAUGAUGCUAAAUUUUCUAUGUUCUUGUGUCAUUUCUACUUAAGGCAUUCCAAAUGUAUUUCUCUGCAUAUGGCAGACCCAUCUGGAGACUGGAAGCAGAAAAAAAAAAUAGCCUCUACUUCUGCCCCCUUCUGCUUCGGUGGACAUUCACUUAUACUUAGAUCUCCUUUAAGCUGGUUGAUAGUCUGACAAUUUUUCUCUCUCCCCACUCUGCCCUAAUGAACCAGUUGACUAUAUUUAAGGCAGUCUCUGAGGACUAGAAAUUAUCUAUUGAGUGAAUAAUUUAUUGAUAUGCUGUCCAUCCUAAUUGGGUCAUAGUUAUGUGUCCUACAUAAAUAUUUCCAACCCUUCUCUCAGCCCUUCUCUCUCUAUACCAAAUCAUCACAACUAAGAGACUUGUAUUAAGAAGAUGCAUUCAUAAUAUCCCCAUGGAAUCUAUGGACAUGGGCACAAAUCUGUAGAACUGUUGUCUAGUUUGUUUGUCUACCAACUGCUUCACUUCUUUUGAAUUCCUGAGAGCUACAAUCCAUCAACCUUUUUGCAACAGCAGUCUGGCCAGAGGCUCCUGGGCACCUACAUAGUACUGCCACUCAUUUAUGAAACCAUUGCUUGUGUAUGCUUGCCCUUCAACUGUCCUACAGGCUACAUUUCAACUAAAUAAAUAAACAUGAGAUGUUGUACCUACAAAUGACAAUGGAGUUAAUGGAAGGGUUGUACAGGCUAGUGCAAAUGUGCUUCAGUUCUUGAUGGAUGACUGAGUGUUGUUUCACGUCUCUCACACAGAUUAGAAAUGUUGUUAUAGAAGACUCACAGUUUAUCUAAAUCACUGCUAUGUGCCUAUUCUUGGGGCUUUCUCAAUUUCUCUGUUCUUACCCAAAGUCUUCCUCAAGUCAUUUGUUUUUAAAAUGUUUGUCAUUCUUUCUCAGCUCUGUGCUCACAAAUCCUAAAUAGUUGACCCACCUAAAGUGGGAGAAUGUACAACACAUACACUCAUGCACACAAAAUAAAAGUUAAUAGGGUUGCUCCUCAAACAGUAUCCAGGAAACUAUCCAUGCCUAGUUUGUAAGGAUAGAAUUAUCACCACUUUGUGUUAUAAGUUCUUUAAAUGCCUCAGACAAGAUGCUAGUGAUUGUUUUUGCUAUUUUAAGUGAUUUACCUCACUUUUAUUUUACUCUAAGAUACUCUGGGGAAGAGGAAGAAGCAUAUUUUGUAGUGAAACAGAGUACUUUAUAAAUUAGUCCUCUGUCAUUUGUCAUAUUUGUAGUCUACAAAGUGGUUAAGUGAACAUGAGAAAGGCUUAAAUAACAGUGGGCUUUUGUGUUAGAACAGACUUGAUGGAAUCUUGUCAAGGAGGGAAAGGGUAUUAGAAAACAGAUAAGGGCCAAGAGCCAAAGCUUCCACCAUGAAGUAAUGCUGUCUACAUUCACCAUUUCCCUGGCUCCUAACCUUAGGGAAGAGGCCCUGUGUGAGAAAUGUUUCACUCAUCUUUGCACAGUACUUUCACCCUACCCCACUGAUUUUCAAGCUUUCUGUUUCACUAAUAUAGUCCAGGGAUAUUUUAGAAUUAUAACUACAAUUAUUUUAUCUGCUCAGGGUGAGCACCCUAAUGUUAGCUUUAAGUAAAAUAAACUAUGAUCAAGAUCCUCAGGUCCACUGCCCUUAAUCGAAUACUCCAUAGAUGGACAUCAGAAAAAUAUUGGAGUCAGUUGGUCUUUCUUUCCCCUUCCUUGUUCAUGACAUCCAUUGGCAUGCAUAAUGAUAGAAAGGCAUGUCACCACUCCAUCCCCUACAGUGUGUACAUCAGAAAGCUACCACCUGACCUUAGUGAACACUCUUAGCUUGAUGCUCCUCAGUACACAAGUAAAGCUUCCAUCAAGUGGCUGAUUAAAAUUAAGAGGCUAGUCCUGAGUUAUGACAAAACUGAUGUGUACCAUUAAUUACAGCCUGGUCAUAAUUUCAUUAGCGUUAUAUUGUGCUAUGCUUCAGAUACCAGCAGUAAAUCGCAAGGAAAAAAGGAUACUGGGUAUGCAAAACAGGCCUUCUGUCACCCUGAAACCUCCUUGAAUGGCCUCACCGUUUUCAUUGUGACUUUAUAGGAUGAAAUGAGUGGGCCUCUCACUAGUUAUAUUUUCACAUUAUAGUCAGCCAUAUGCCAAAGGAGAUACAGGAAAUACUAGCAUAAUCUCUUCUCUUUGAAUGGCAGUACCAAGGAGGGUAAUCUUGUCCUGCCUAAAAUACUCUUUCAAAAAAAAAAGUAAAUAACUGCAGUAUGCUUAAAGUAGUGUAAUUGUAUGAUGGGAAGGAUUUCAUAUAUGGUGAGGAUUAAUUCCAAUAAUUUUUCUCUUGUACUUGGCAAUAGGCAGGAUGCCCAAUAACCUAUAUUGUCUUUUAUACUCACUUCUCACUGCCAGCUAGCCUAUGGCAGGAAAGCAGAGUAUAGAAAAAUGAAGACACAUGGCACAUUCUAUUUAUACCUUAUGAAAUAGACAACAGUUCACAUUUGGUUCAUGAAAUUCCUGAGUCCCUAAAACAAAGAAUUACCAUGUUCAUUUCAGGUGAGAAAUUAGAGUUUUUCAGGCAUGGUCAGGACUUUCUUUGGAAAAAUAAGAGAUCAGGGAGAGUACAUUUAGAAAUAAAUAACAAAGUAUAAAAGGACCUUUCCCCAAUAUAUAUAUAUAUAUAUAUAUAUAUAUAUAUAUAUAUAUAUAUAUAUAUCAGGCUUUCUUUUGAUAAAAGCACAACAGAGUCAAAGCAGUCCAUCCCCUUUGGGAUUAACUAUAGACUUCUUGUUUCUUCAGAUACUAUCACUUUUGUUCCUGUAACAGAAUCCCUAGUCACAUGUGAUGUUGCCUCAUUCCAAGCAGGUUUUGUAGACCAUAUAACAUGUCUUAAUGCAAUGUAUGGAGAAAGAUAACGUUAGCCUUAGAUUUCUUUUUUUUCUAUGUUUUUUGCUGUACAGAAUAAAGCAUGUAAAUACUGUAUAUUUAAUAAAGAGAGAAUUUGUAUCAUUUUGUG